GUCUUUUUUAUUUCUGUCUAUUGAAAUGAUCAAAAGUGUACUUAUAAAUUAAUAAUGAAACACUCAUAAUUAUAAAAACAACUAUUACAAAGUUACUUUUGAAGAUUAGAAUAGUUUUCAGCUGUAAAAUAGUGAUUUUUGGGUGUUAACUAUUUUCAUAAUUUAAGAAAUCGAAUUAAUUACCUUUAUAAAAUGUCAGCAUCACCAAUUGCACGUCAAGUCACUCAAAGUCAAAACAUACCAUCUAAAAGGGUUGUUAUUCAUGAUCCAAAUCAAUUACCAGUAGAUUAUUCAUCUACCCCUGGUGGUACUUUGUAUUCUACAACACCUGGAGGUACAAGAAUCGUGUAUGAACGUGCAUUUUUAAUGAAUUUAAGAAAUUCUCCAAUUUCACUGACUCCACCUAAAAAUAUGCCAUCCUUUCCAACAGAUUUACUCAAAAAUGCUUCCACAAUAAUAGCUACAAAUGGAACUGCUGGCAAACAAUCAACCAAAGAUAUUACAAUUAUUGAAGAAACUUCGGAACAGUUCGAAAUGGAUAUGUGAUGAAGAUCGACUAAAAUGUGAUUAUAAAGUGUGUUCAUAUUUUAUAGUUUCAUAAAAUAUUAUGCAUAUGUAUCCUAUAUCAUCAUUCGCGACGUAUUUCAUUAUACCGCGAACAUUCUUGGACAUAAAUAUUUAUGUACUUUUGAUAAAAAAGAAUUUUAUCAUAAUAAUGUCCUCAAAAUAUAUGAAAGACUUUUUUUUGUAAAAUA